CGAUUCGGUCGGUGUCGAUGAACACGCGCAAAAAUCCGGCCGGCCACUGCCAUCGAGAGACUUGCGUGCGUUCGAUCGAGUGUGUUGUUGUUGAACCGAGACUUUUCGCGAGUGUUGUUAAAGUUUUGUGAGAAAUAUUGGAAUUUAGCGUGAAAACGGCAGCUCCCUACGAAAUUUAUAUAAACACAGCACCAGCCUGGUGAGAAAACAAUAAAAGGUGGCAGGAAUUACAACAAAACAUACGCACACGAGUGAUCAUCCUACUUCCCAUCUAUCCGUGCCGCGUGUUGUGCGUGAGUUUGUGAGUGAAAAACCAUGGCAAGUCCAUUUUCCAACCUACGCCUACCGACUCUCCCGACCGAGGGCAACGGUCUGCUAACGGCACCGGAACAAUCGAACGGCAUGCCAGCUCCGAUUACGCGAAGAAACUCUGAACUGCCACCGGGAAAAAGACAGUCACCGUUGAAACUGUCCAUCCCAACACCGAGGGCAUCCUUUUCGAGUGGUUCGUCCGAUGGGUCUGCGAGGCAGGCUGUGACGGCUCCCGUUAUCGGUGGGCAGCUGCCAACGUUUACCCAUUCCGGCAGUCCACAUAUGAACGAGUUCCAUCAGGCGGCGUUCCCCGAUUUCGAGACAAUGGAAUCGCCGAUGCUGCAGCUAAGUCCAGACCACUCACCGAUCAUGACACAACUGCUCGAGGCAACUAGCCCCGGAACGGCCUCCAGCCAGGGAAGCUCCAGCAAUGGAUCGUCCCUUUCCCGGCUGAUGCGUUUCAGUCCCGGGCUGCACCAUCACUCCGGCACCAUCUCACCGUUCCCGUCCGAGAUGUCCGAUAUAGCCGACACUGGUUCACCCACGCUGCAGCCACUACACACACUGUUCACGACCACCGCAAAUGGGCCACUGGCGUCCACCACAUCCGGAUCUCUGGCAAGCGCAACUUCCACCAGCUCGAUGACCACAUCACAGGAGUUACUAAACAGCAGCAGGAGCAGCAGCAAAAGCUCCAAACUGUCGUCGUCGACGUCUUCCUCCAGCACGACCACGAAGCAUGUGGAGAAGAGUUCCUCCUCCACGCAACGCAUGUCAUCCCUAACGUCCUCCUCCAGCAGCAGCACCACAUCCGCCGCCGCGGUCAAGCAAGGCCUCGGUGAGAUGCAAAAUUCGAUGGCCGAGAUGAAAAACAUGAUGGGCCACAGCAGCAGUACCUCGCAGAAUCUAUCGACCACCACCUCAUCCUCGUCCAUGAAAUCAUCGUCCGCUCUCGCGAACCAUCUGCAGCAACGCAAGAUGUCGGCCAACAUCAACGACAUAAAGAAGAGACUUCGCUCGUCGAUGGACAGUCUCGAUGAUCCGCAGGCGGAUCCGCUCGUAACGUUCCCCGACUCGGAAAACGAUGACGAUCUCACGAGCAUGGCAUCGGCGCUGAAACCACUCGGUGCGAACGGUGGCAGUGGCCUGCUCGUCCCGAACGGUCACCAUCAGGCACUGGUGAACGGUUGUGCCGGUACGGUCGAUACGGUCAAGUUCGAGCAGAAGAAAAUGACCUCCGAGUCGAAGACGAAGGUGAUGACGGACGGGUUUAGCAGCGAGCAGGCCACUAUCAAUUCGGCCGAGUCGAAGAAGAUGCAGGCCGGCGAGCUACAGUACCAGGAGCAGGCGGCACUGGCCGCGAUGAGUAGCCGGAUGGAGGUGAACGGUGUGACGGCCGAAGAGAAGGGUGCCAUACUGAAGGAAGCCCGAUCGGUGAAAAUGGGUGAUUUCCAGCAGGCGGAAGCGAACAACAUUGCUGCCCACAGUCGCAAAGUACAGAGCGACCACUUCAGUGCGGAAAACAAGGCAAUCUCGCAGGCCCAACAGAAGCAAACGGUGUCGUCGAGCGGCAUCUUUAACCAGGAAAAGCACGUCUCCUCCACCACGCAGUCCACCUUCACGAUGUCCAACACGAGCACGAUCAGCUCAUCCUCCCAGAUGAGCACGCUGUCAUCGUCGUCCGCAAUGAACGGACUGCUCGGUGAUGAGUUUCCCUCGUUCGAAGACUUUGAACGGUUGGGCAAUACGCCGGAAGAGAUCGACAAUACGAUCAUGAAGUACUCGAAGCAUUUGGCGAACUACGUGCAGAAUCUGCAGCAGACGGAGCAGCUCAAGAAGGCGCCAAGGUUGCUAAAUCACAUGAACGAAAUCAUACGACGAGCGUGGGCGGUACCGACGCACGGACACGAGCUCGGGGCCAGCCUGUGUGACACGCUGCGCAACACCGGUGGACUGGACAUAUUGAUGCGCAACUGUGUGGACAACGAUACGGAGGUACAGUUCUCGUCCGCCCGGUUGCUGGAGCAAUGUCUGACGACCGAGAAUCGAACGCACGUGGUUAAGAAUGGGCUGGACAAGGUGGUAAAUGUGGCGUGCGUUUGUACGCGCAAUAAUGCGACGGAUCAUUCGCGCGUUGGCACCGGAAUAUUGGAGCAUCUGUUCAAGCACAGCGAAGACACCUGCUCGAACGUGAUCCGACUCGGUGGGCUGGAUGCGGUUCUGUUCGAGUGCCGUAAGAACGACGUAGAGACGCUACGGCACUGUGCGGGAGCGUUGGCCAAUCUGUCGCUGUACGGUGGGUCCGAAAACCAGGAGGCUAUGAUCAACCGGAAGGUUCCGUCCUGGUUGUUCCCGCUAGCCUUCCACAACGACGAGAACAUUAAGUACUACGCGUGUCUAGCGAUCGUGGUGCUGGUAGCAAACAAAGAAAUCGAAGCCGAAGUGAUAAAGUCCGGUACGCUGAAUCUGGUCGAACCGUUCGUAACGACGCACAAUCCGUCGGAGUUUGCGAAAUCGAACCUAGCGCACGCCCACGGUCAAAGCAAACACUGGCUGCAGCGGUUAGUGCCGGUGCUGAGUUCCAAGCGCGAAGAGGCACGCAACCUGGCCGCGUUCCACUUCUGUAUGGAGGCGGGAAUCAAGAAGGAGCAGGGCAAUACGAACAUUUUCAAAGAGAUUGGAGCGAUAGAACCGUUGAUCAGGGUGGCAAGCUCACCGAACGCGAUCGCAUCAAAGUUUGCCGCACAGGCGUUAAGGUUGAUCGGGGAGGAGGUACCGCACAAGCUGUCGCAACAGGUGCCGCUCUGGUCGACGGAGGAUGUACGAGAAUGGGUGAAGCAGAUCGGGUUUGGGGAGUACGAGCAGAGCUUUUACGAUUCGAAGGUGGACGGCGAUCUGUUGCUGCAGAUGCAGGACUGCAAUCUGUGCAACGAUAUCGGGAUGAAGAACGGCAUCCUGAGGAUACGGUUUUUGCGAGAGCUGCAGAACCUGAAGAAGAUGGCCGACUAUAGUUCGCGCGAUCCGGAUGGUCUGCAUGCGUUCCUGAGCCGCAUCGGGCCGGAGUACACGAUCUACACGUACACGAUGUUGAAUGCGGGAGUGGACAUUGAAUCGCUGCGGACGCUGGACGAGGAUCAGCUGACGGCAACGUGUGGCAUCACGAACGCGAUCCACCGGUCCCGCAUUCUGCAGGUGAUCAAGAUGAACGAAUCGAUACCUUCGUUCCGGUCGGAGCAAAGCACGGAGAAGAGUUUGGACGUGUUUGUGAGCUAUCGGCGAAGCAAUGGGUCGCAGCUGGCCAGUUUGCUGAAGGUGCAUCUGGAGCUGCGUGGCUUCUCGGUGUUUAUCGACGUGGAGCGAUUGGAGGCUGGCAAGUUUGACAACAAUCUGCUGCAGAGCAUUCGGCAUGCGCGACACUUCCUGCUGGUGCUGACACCGGACGCAUUGAACCGGUGUGUGGAUGACGUCGAGUGUAAGGAUUGGGUUCAUCGGGAAAUCGUCGCAGCUCUCAACUCCGAAUGUAACAUUAUUCCGAUCAUCGACAACUUCCAGUGGCCGGAGCCGGAAAAGCUGCCCGAAGACAUGCGCGGUGUGUGCCACUUCAAUGGAAUACGCUGGAUCCACGACUAUCAGGAUGCUUGUGUGGACAAAGUGGAAAGGUUCAUGCGAGCGGAAACAAAUGGUCGUGGAGGCAUCAUGGAUCAUGGCAGUAGACUGCACAGUCGCCAACCGGGCGAUGCGACGCCCUCGUCCGCCAUCUACCAGCGCAUGCACAGCAACGAUUCGGGCAAGAGCAGCGAUAAAGAGAACAGCCGGAACCUCGAAUGACUAGAUGCCCCUUCGGUUGCCAAUCAGCCCCCGGUGUCGGCGGUAGGGUCGACCGGAUCGUUGAACGGUUCGCCGAGUGCCAUCCCAACGGCAAGCCCCCAUCCACCGCGCUACUACUCCUCGCUGGCCCAACUGUACCGGAAGUCAUCCAGUCCGGCCAGGCAAGGCCCUACGGGUGGCAGUGGUGGACGUGGUGCUGUGGCUCGGUACGCCAAAACGAACCGUGGAGUUCCGGGAGGCAUGAACUCGCUACCACGGCUGCUGAACCCCCGUGCUACCUCUGAGCUGCGGCGCAGUUCGGCGGCUGGGCUGAACGUGGUUUCUCAGCGGCCUCCCUUACCGCCCAAGAUUGAGCUGCGUAGCCACAGCUACGACGGAUUGCUGGACGAUUCGGCCAGCAUGCAGCGGCGCAAGGCGGUGGGGGUAGAAUCCGCCGGGACUAAGGCAACCCAGGCAGCUGAAGGGAAUGAUCGAGUAGAUGGGCGGGAUACGAUCUCUCCCACCCAUCAGGAAGAGUCAGUGCAGGAAGCUCAGAUUUCACGCAAGGUAGCAACCGGUACGGAAGCUUCGAUCAAGAGCAAAAACAGACGAUCUCGUAGCAUGGACGAUCUGUUCGAUGAUGGUGACGAUGGAGCGGGUGGCGAGUGUAACUUUCUGGACAAUACGCAAAGCAUGGAAACGCUGCUAGAACCGGGAUCGCCCAUCUCCACCGGGGGCGAGUGUCCUCCCGAGACGCCACCGGUUCACCGUUCCAUGGGUGGCAACAUCUGUCUAAAUCGACGCUUCGUCCGGGAAGAUACAACCGAUCCGCACCGGGACACGAUCGACGAUUCACCAGGAUCUCACACCACAUCCCAUGAACAGUUGUGCGAAAAGGAAACGAUCACGGUCGAUAGUACACCGAGGUUUCACGAGGACGACUGUAGCGGUGAGGUGCCAGCGGUGGACCAACCGAAGCGAGAUGAUGAGGGUGAAGAUGAUAUCGAAUCGACGCACUCGUCUGUCACCUCUUCGCUGGGUUCGAGCGCGUCCGGUGAGCGGGCAGGAGCCAAGAAAGCGCCCAAACCACUGAUCAAUCGGUACGUGAAGAAGGUGAAAUCGUUUAUGAAGAUGUAGCGCCACCCCGCGGUCUCUGCAUCUCGCUCUCGAAUAAGCAGCUAGUAUUAGUGCGAGACAAUGCGAAAUCGAAUCAAGCCUUUUGUGAUCUAUUACAGGACGAAACAGAGAGAAAGAGAGAAAGUAUAUUUAACGCAACCUUCUCCACUGCGAUCCACUAUUUUUCGGUUGCUUUUUUCUUUAAAUUCGCUUAAUGUUGUUGUGUUGCUUGAAGCAGACGGACGCACACAGACACACAGGCCGACUAGUUGUAGAUUUAUUUAAUGUUUCUUAACGCACUAUUUUACGCCGACAAUCAGCACACUGGCAGGAAGUGGCCUGAGAUAGAAUUUUAAAACCGUUCCAUUAAGCUUAGUUUCGUAAGGCAGUCGGACGACAAGCAUACACAGCAACAGAAGGAAAACACACACACAACAAAGUACGUUUAGCGUUUAACUACCAUUUCGAUGUAUUUGUGUCAUCUUAAUUUAAACGUAUCGCUAUACUAUACUACUAUCACCACCACCACUACUACUACUACUACGAUUACUACUACUUACACCAUUGUGAUUAGUUUCGCGCAUCCCAGGGAAUGUUCCGGACGUGCGCGGAAUGUUGGAAACGUUGUAAAAUAUAUUAUUUAGACCUAUCGGGAAGGGCCUCCCGAUCCCGAUCACGACACCAUCAAAGUAUCUGUAAUUGGUAGGAAUGAAUGGCUGUAGUUUUGCCGCUCAAGUACCGCUUAAAGCCGUGCUAUGUUUGCCUUAUUACGUGAUGUUAAUAAUCGUUACGAUGUAAAUAUGCGAACAAUGCGCAUUUUUAUUUAAAACUUCAUGCAGAAAAAAAAAACCCUUCUUUCAAAUACCUUGUCCAUCCGUAUGGUGUGCUGGGCCAGGUAUGCCAGGCAACAAAAAAAGUGCUUUAAAACUGUGUUAAACCGUUUCGCUGUGUGAGAACGUGAGAAUGGGGAGAAAAAAGCGUAAAUUGUAUGUGUUAGUUUUUUUUUUGUAAGUAAGGUAUCAAUAAAGCAAAACUACACUCACAGCUAA